AUGAGCAAACAAGCCACCCGAAACGGUGAAAAGAGAUGUCACAUACAGAUGAAUGAGACCAGCACAGGGGGCCGGGCGGGGAGCCACCGCGCCCUGCGGGUGCUGGUGGACAUGGACGGCGUGCUGGCCGACUUCGAGGGCGGUUUCCUCAAGAAGUUCCGCGCGCGCUUCCCGGACUUGCCCUUCGUCGCGCUGGAGGACCGGCGUGGUUUCUGGGUGACCGAGCAGUACGACCGCCUGCGGCCCGGGCUGAGCGAGAAGGCCAUCAGCAUCUGGGAGUCAGAGAAUUUCUUCUUUGAACUGGAGCCUCUUCCAGGAGCCGUGGAGGCUAUGAAGCAGAUGGCCAACCUCCAAAACACUGAUGUCUUCAUCUGCACAAGCCCCAUCAAGAUGUUCAAGUAUUGUCCCUAUGAGAAGUAUGCCUGGGUGGAGAAGCACUUAGGCCCUGACUUUCUGGAGCAAAUAGUGCUCACCAGAGAUAAGACUGUAGUCUCUGCUGACCUUCUCAUCGACGACCGGCCAGACAUCCUAGGUGUGGAGGCACAGCCCACCUGGGAGCAUAUCCUCUUCACAGCCUGCCACAACCAGCACCUGCAGCUGCAGCCUCCUCGCCGCAGGAUGCACUCAUGGGCGGACGACUGGAAGGCCAUCCUGGAUAGCAAGCGGCCCCGCUGAUCCUCCUUUCCUACGGCCUCCACCUCAGGGUUCCUAGCGGGGGCCUGUGGGGUCCAAUGGCUAGUGCUCUGGACUGGGGGUUCCUUCACAGCCAGGCCAAGGUGACUUCCUGCUGCAUGUCCCCUUCCCCAGCCCUGCCAGGCCUUAACCUGAUCUCAGGGCAGGGCUGGGCACUAGGGACCCUGCUCCCAGGUAGUUCUGAUGACCUCAGCCAGCGGCUCCUUGCUGCCAAGAACCCCUGGGCAUCACUUCAGGAAGGAGCUGAGGCCAUUGUUCAGGUGGACCCUCGGGGGAGGUUCCUUAGCUGUUGGGGUGCCCUGUCCUAGAGCCCACAGCCCAUUAGCAAGGAGGGCCGGGAACAUGAUGUUGGACAUGAGGUACUCCGGUGGGCAGGAGCCCUCACUAUCUCCAUAUGGUACCUGGCCUGCCUGCCACCUCAUCUGCUCUCUCUACCUGGUCCAUCAUGUAUCAGCACACUCAGCAGCUUCCAGUGGCUCCCGGGCUCUGUGCUGGGGGAUGAUAUGCUGGCCCUGCCUGUGGACCAGCACCAGAGCCGCUCCCUUCCUAUCUCCAGACCCCACGCGGGGCCCAGCAGGAGUCAGCAGGCUUGAUGUUCAAUGAACGCAUGAGAAAUAAAUUCUG